AGAAGUGUGUAGUUGACUUGGGGGGGGAUUGUGGAUAUUAUGAAAAUCUAUUGCAUUGUCUGUGACAUCAUGUUAGUGGUUCUUUUUUACCUUAAUUGAUACCAGAUUUAUAGAGGUCAGUGACAUUAGCUUUAUUUAUAAUGCUGGCAGGAUACUAACAGCAAGCUAGGGAUAAGUACUGUGCGUCUUGCUACGGGUUUCUUGAUAUUGUAGGUUUCCAGAAGAAGGAAACUGACGGAGUGCUUGAAUUAAUCUGUGAUUUCGUGAGUGACCUUGACCGUUGUGGCGGUAGAUUGUCGUGGCAAUCCUGUGCAAAGGGGCUGCAAUUUUCUGUUCCUCUAAACGCUCUUUUCUAUGAAAAUCGGCUUCCCAGUGUUAAAUCUGGCUCCUUAACAAACAAAAAAGCCAAGUCCGAGUUAAAGAUGGUCUGAUGGACCGACGCUUCUUGCUGACUUUUGCCUUUUGUUCGAUUCUGUGGGUUCUUUUCUGGGAAAUCAGGUGGAAGAAAGCAAAAGAAAAUCAGAUUGAAGAAUGGCUCCAUGGCAACAGCCUUUCCGAAUACAAAGACAUAUUUGAAGAUGUGCAGUCCCUUGAAGAGCUGACCUUAAGUUUGCUGUCUCGACUGGAGGAAGUUCUGCAGGAGACACAGUACUGGCAGGAAAUUGAGGAGUCUCGGAACCAGCUGCUCCGUGACUUUGCCUUUCAGGAGUGGCUGUGCUCUCAAGGUCUAGAGCACUACUACCACACAUUAAAGUCCUUGGGCUGCUCGAGCUUGGAUGACUUAGCUGAGUUUGACAGUCAGCUGCAGCUCUCACUCGCUGCCUGGGGAUACUAUUACGAAGAUUACAUCAAGCUGUCCACAGGUGUGAAGGUCCUCCAGGCCUCUCGGGGGCGCCGGGACCAGGACUACGAGACAAGGCUGGUGCACAGCCUGGCUGAACGCAGGUUGAAUGAGAAGUGGUCUAUAGCUGGUGCUCUGAUUUUCGGCUGUACUGUUGCACUGUGCUUUCUGAUAAGGGACCUCAUGUUUUACGUGAUUGGUGGAAUUACAGUUUCCAUCAUCGCAUUUGUCUUCACAAUAAAGUUCCUGUGCGAGCUUGCGGCUCGAGUCGUCAGUUUCCUUCAGAAUGAGGACCGCGGCAGGAGAGGAGACCGUAGCAUUUACGAUUAUGUCCGUGGCAACUACCUCGACCCUAGGUCAUGCAAGGUGUCCUGGGACUGGAAGGACCCUCAGGAAGUGGGCCACACUAUGGCCUUCAGAGUUCAAUUAUUUUAUAAAAAUGGGCAGCCGUAUCCGGCGAACAGGCUGGUGGGCUUGAGAGUGCACAUCUCUCACAUCGAACUGGCGCUGGACAUUCCUGUCACACAGGAGGUGCUUCAGGAGCCCAACUCCAACGUGGUCAAAGUGGCCUUCACGGUCAGGAAAGCUGGCCGCUAUGAGAUAACCGUCAAGCUUGGGGGCCUGGACGUUGCCUAUAGUCCCUACUACAAAAUCUUUCAGCCAGGCACAGUAGUACCCUCAAAAACAAAGAUUGCCUCCCACUUUUCCACUUUGGUGUUGACAAAUGGGCAGCAACACACUUUACAGAUUGAGCCUCGGGAUGAAUAUGGCAAUCCCACCAGCAAUUCUGUCUCUUUGAUUGAUGAAGAUAACUACAGCGUACGGAUCCAUCCGCUUGGUACUCAAGAUGAAGAAUGCUCUGAAGAUUACUACUGCAAGUCAGUGUCAUCUAACAAGGAACUUUGCCAAGUUCUCUUGAGACUGACCAUCAGGAAAAAGGGAUGUUUUCGAACCUGCAUCUCUUACCAGAAUCAGCCCAUUAGCAACGGAGAGUUUGAUGUAAUUGUACUGAGUGAAAACGAAAAGAACUGCGUGGAGAAGAAUGUUUCUACCCCAGGGGUCAGCAUCUAUUUCGAGGCGUAUCUGUACAGCACAGGGAAUUAUGCCAACGCCUCAUGGCAGCUGCCUGCCUCCUCACUGCUGGCGCCUCAGAGGCGGCCCUCCACCGCCAACGAGGACGAAGAGGAAGACAGGGACUCCCCGUCUGAGGGGCAGCCGGAGAAAGUGAAGAAACCAAAAAAGGUGUACUGUUACAUAUCACCUAAGCAACUCUCUGUGAAGGAGUUUUACCUGAAAAUCAUUCCGUGGCGCCUUUAUACCUUCAGAGUAUGCCCAGGAACAAAGUUCUCGUACCAUGGUCCAGACCCCAUUCACAAAUAUUUGACGUUGGUGGUGGAUGAUGGGAUACAGCCACCAAUAGAACUGAGCUGUAAAGACAGGAACAUAAUGGCUGCAACUUUUAUCCGCUUUCUGCACAAAAAUAUUGGAGGCUCGGAAACAUUCCAGGACAAAGUGAGCUUCUUUCAGCGGGAGCUGAGGCACUUGCACUCCAAAAGACCUCGUACAAAGACCUGCCUGAAGAUCAGCCGCCACUCUAUUCUUGACUCGUCCCUGAAGGCCACACGGAACUUCUCAGUGUCAGACUGGAGCAAGAACCUUGAGGUGGUGUUCCAGGAUGAAGAAGCCCUGGACUGGGGGGGGCCUCGCAGAGAGUGGUUUGAACUCAUUUGCAAGGCGCUGUUUGACACCUCCAACCAGCUCUUCACACGCUUCAGUGAUAACAACCAGGGCCUGGUCCACCCUAACGCGGAUCGACCACCCCACCUGCGCCUGAAGGUGUAUGAGUUUGCAGGCAGAGUGGUUGGAAAGUGCUUGUAUGAGUCAGCUUUGGGUGGAGCAUACAAACAGCUGGUGAGAGCCAGGUUUACACGCUCCUUCCUGGCUCAGAUCAUUGGCCUCCGUAUGAAUUAUAAGUACUUUGAAACAGACGAUCAGGAGUUCUAUAAAACUAAAGUCUGCUUUAUCCUAAACAAUGAUGUCAGUGAAAUGGAUCUUGUUUUUGCUGAGGAAAAAUAUAACAGAUCUGGACACCUGGAGAAGGUGGUGGAACUUAUCGCCGGAGGUUCCCAGAUUGCAGUGACCAAUGAAAACAAGAUCCACUAUUUAAAUCUCUUGGCACAGUAUAGGUUGGCCAACCAGGUUAGGGAGGAGGUAGAGCAUUUUCUCAAAGGUUUAAAUGAACUAGUUCCAGAGAACCUCUUGGCUAUAUUUGAUGAAAAUGAGUUGGAGCUGUUGAUGUGUGGCACUGGGGAUAUCAAUGUCAUGGACUUCAAAGCCCAUGCUGUGAUUGUUGGGGGUUCUUGGCACUUUAGAGAAAAGGUGAUGAAGUGGUUUUGGGCUGUAGUGUCCAGCUUCACCCAGGAAGAACUUGCUCGUCUGCUGCAGUUCACAACAGGGUCCUCUCAGCUUCCUCCUGGAGGUUUUAACACGCUGUGCCCUUCCUUCCAAAUUAUCGCUGCUCCGACGCACAGCACACUGCCAACUGCACACACAUGUUUUAACCAGUUGUGCCUCCCCUAUUAUGACUCCUAUGAGGAACUGCACAAAAUGCUGAAGCUGGCCAUCAGUGAAGGCAGUGAAGGCUUUGGGAUGCUCUGAGUCUUUGGAGCUGUCCUGCAGGAGCAUCUUGGUGAAGGUACAGAACAGGGAGCAGGAUGAUCGAAAGUGUGGAAAAAGUCGAUGGCAAAAACAAAAAUGCUUUGACAUUUCAAAUGAAUCCAGACGCUGUGUAUAUAUGGUCGACUGAAGUUUUAGUCUAGAUGCUAGAAAUACUUUUAUAAUGUAUGAGUAAGUGAUGAGGGAGAAAUCUGAGUUACACUGAAUGAACAAUGAGCUUUUUUCAAUGCUGAAAUGCAAUAUGUUGAACUAUUCAAUCCUCUUUGAGAAGUCAUAGACUACAGGAAUAAUAAGUAGCAAUUUGCAUGAAAUCAAAAUAUACUGUAUAACAACAACACUUUGGCCUUAAUUGCAGACUAAUCAGGGAAGAAGAAAAAAAAACUUAAUUUGUUACAAAAAAGGGACUCAUUUUGGUAGUGGAGAGGAGUGAGAGAUGGAAAACUUCCCCAUUGCUGGGUUUUUGGUCUAGGAAGAAUAUUUUGAUUGAUCAUUUAGCCAAAGUCAUCACCCUGAGUGAAACAACAUAGAUUUUCUUUUGAAAAGGAACUGGUGAUGUCCUCUUUCACAAAGCUUUCACAGGGUAGUCUAGUUAAGACUUUGCUUUGAAGGUUCAUUUGGAAUAUUUAUUAAUAAUGAUCUUGCAAAGAGACUUCCAAUGUCUCUUGCUUUUAGCAUCUCCUUUUAAGUUAUGUUAACAUUAAAAAUGUGAUUUCCAUGAAAGUCCUGCAGUGCAUGUGUCUUUUCACUGAGGAAUGCCAUUGUAUAAAGUUGAGCUCCUUUUUAGGGCUUAAUUGCAUUUGAACUGUGACUUAUUUUUUUAACCUGCCUUAUUUUUAACCCUUUGCAUCCUAGACAUAUAAAUGAAUACAGAGUAGUAAAUAUAGACAUGUUAAUACAUAUUAAAUGCUUUCAGGGAAGACUGAUUGUUUUGUUUGAUGACGUUCAUUUGAUAUUGUAAUUUAGAAGUAUUGCUUUGUCAAAGUUGUCUGUACAGUUCACAAUGUUGCACUUAAGAUGUUGGUGUAAAGACAUGAGGCCCCAUUAACACAGCUGUAAACCUUACAUACAGUGCACCACAUGUGAAUUCACUGACACAGAGGAUGCAUAUUUAUUGUACUUUUAAACUUGAAAUCUGGCCUGUCUCAUCAGGGAGAUUAACGUUUGCCUCCAUCAGUAACAGCUUAAUUCCUUAAGCAAGGCACAGAACGUGAUGUCUAGGCUUUAGAUUUUAGGAAUGGAGUAUGUUAGCUGAGCUGUAAGAAGUAAUCUCAUAAGGACUGUUUUCUCUGUGCCUUACUGUUACCAGUACAUUUACAUUGUAACCAUUGAAGUGCACAGAAAGUGCAAUCACAGAAAUAAUAAUAUAGCAAUGAAUCAAUGCCCUUAAGCAUCUUUUUCAUGAAGCUGGUACUGAAUGUAGGAGUGGUUUGGAUCAUCCGUGUAACUACAGGGGAUCUAAAUCGGAGUGCUGUACUGAAACAAGCAGGUAGAAAGUGCGGGAAGUGAAGCAUACUGGUUACAUUUAAUGAUGCAUGAUUUUUAAAUAUUGUUUUGCAACCAAAAAGAUUUUGUCUCCAUUCUGGUGCUUUCUAGACUGCUGUUUUUAUUUUUCUUCUUGUGUUUCGUGUAAAAGUAAUGUAUUCUUACUAGUUCAGGUGGGUAGCUGUG